AUGAAGAACAACCCGACGGAGAAUCCUUGGCGGACUUUAUCUCUCCCGCUUGUCCAGAAGUACCCCGUGGUUUACUCAGCCAUUUCCCCCAUAACGUGCUUCCACAUUGCACGUAGCGACGACGAUAUCCGUGCUGCGGGAAUGGGGCACAUGCGCGACGCGGUUAUACGGUCGGAGGAGGGAUUGAAGGAGGAGUCGCCCCCUGCUGACAUGGCGCUUGUGACAUGUUUGGCUUUGGCGGUCAGUGUGUGCUGGAACUGCCAUAUUUCUACCGGUAUUACGCACUUGAAGGGAGCGAAGAAGAAGAUCCGACAGGUGUUGAGCACGUUAAACCGGGUCAGGCCGGUGUACACCCCGAAGAGCGUGCAAUUUUUGCUCAACUGCUGGAUGUACUUUGAAGUCAUGGCACUCAUCACCUCUGAGGGAGACAAUGAGAGGCUAUUUUUGCAAGAGACCACUGAUACCGAGGGCGACAGACAUCGGCGCACGGCCGAGGUGGAGGACUCGGCGUGGGAUUUACCUUCCUGUAUUGCCUUAACCGGGGUCUACCGCUACGCCAUGUUGCUCUACUUGCACCAGGCAGCACCAGAGCUUCCGUCGCUUCUGUCGCACGAGCCUGCGGAAAAGAUGCUCACGUUCCUUGCAUCGAUUCCCACACACACGUCGUACCUCUAUCCGUUGUUUAUCGCGUCGUGUGAAGCCGCGCCGGGUGACGAGCGGGAGUGGGCGCAGCAGCGUUGA